UCUUAGUUUAAGCUAAUUAUUGAAAACACUAAGCUAGGGUAAAUCGGUCACCUAUCACUCCCAGUAAAAUCCUCUCCUAACAGGCUAACAGUAACAGUAUUAAUUUUCCCUCCAAAAUCCUCCCCCUUUCUCUGCUCUCUUAACCCUAAAUCAAUCUCACUCUCUCUCUCUCUCUUCGGCUUCAGUUUUGGUCAAGUACGCCUGGAUUGUUGUUUUUCUCUCCGUUGAGAAUUCACUAAUUUUAUAGAGUUUUAAUGGCUUGGAUUUUGGCUUCGUCUUGCCGAUGAAUUGAGACGAUGGUCUCUCUAGGAGACGAUGAUGGAGAAAUUAAACCAAUGGAAGGUACUGGAAAUGUCCAUUUUGCCCAUAAUGAUACUCAGCUCUUUGAUUCGCAGAUGUUCCCCUCUUCAUUGCCUGAUGAAAAAGGUGGGGAUGCUAAUGAGGUAAAUUGGGUACAGAACACUGUACCUUUUGAUGAUACUGUUCCAGUUGAAGAUGCAUUUGAGACCCAAGUGGAUUUUGGUGGUGAAACACAAGUAUUGGAUGAUCCAGAUUACCUCAUUGACCAUAUGGACACGCAAUUGAUGGAUGAGAUUUAUAGUGAUGGUGAAGGAACGGAUAAAACUGAAGUUUUGAGUGAUAGUGAUGAGCUCUCUGAUGACGAAUCUCAAAAAAGAGGCAAAUGUGAAUCAGUGGACGGUGGAAUUACUUGCCGUGCUUCUCUUGAACACAAGCCAGAUUACCUCAUUGACCAUAUGGACACGCAAUUGAUGGAUGAGAUUUAUAGUGAUGGUGAAGGAACGGAUAAAACUGAAGUUUUGAGUGAUAGUGAUGAGCUCUCUGAUGACGAAUCUCAAAAAAGAGGCAAAUGUGAAUCAGUGGACGGUGGAAUUACUUGCCGUGCUUCUCUUGAACACAAGGAGAGCGUAUCAGUUGAGCAACCCAAUGAAAACUGUAGUUCCAGUUUCAAUGUUUCAGCUCAAAUACCAAGAGUUCAAGUUGGCCAAGAACCAAAAUCUGGUUCUGUCCCCAGAUUCACUUCAGUUCGUGCGGCAUCUUUCCGGGCAUCUGGUUUAUUAGCUCGGAAAAUUGCUUUGAAUGGAACCAAUAAUAAAUCUUGUCCUCUCCUGCCUAAUAAAAAGCAGUCGGAAGGUUAUUUUGUGCAAAAUAAUUGGUCGAGGACAGAAGAUUGGGAGGAAGUUGAUCGGACGUGUGACGCAGAAAGAUACAAAGUAAAAAUGAAGGAAUCAAUAAAUGCAAGCAAAGGUAAGAUUGGCUGUUCCACUGCUAGAAAACUAUUUGUUGAAGAUAACUUUGUGGAAAAUGGACUUACUUCCAAUAGCGAUGAUACUAUUGGGGCAAAUGAAAAUCUUGAGGUUCUCACUUGUGAUGACGAGCUGGCAGGACUGAGCUACAUUGACUCCCAAGAACCUGGAGAGUUAUCACAAGCCAAUGCACUUGCCUGCGUGCAAAAGUUGAUAGAAGAGAACAAGGCAUUGUUUGAUAAUGAACUGGCCCUGGGAAAGAAUAGCAAGGGAAAAUCAAAUCCUACUUCAACUUCGAAAGGGCUACAAAUUUUGGCCAAGAAAACCAUCGAUAGAGGCACCAAUGAGAAAAGAGGAAUUUUUGACUGGGAUGACGGGCGAGAAGAUGAAGGUGGGGGAGAUAUUUUCUGUAGAAGGAAAGAAGAAUUCUUUGGUAGUGGAAAUCUUAGGCAAAGAUCAUUUAUGAAAACCCAGAAGGCCAAAAGAAAUCAACUGGAGGGAUACAGAGGUAAUAAAGGACAAUCGGAUGUCGAAAAUGAAAUUAUUGUGCAGUCUGAUUCCAAAGUAAUGUUGCAUGGUUUAGAACUAAAUGACAAGACAGAUCCAGCUGCUGAAAUGAAUGUUAGAAAGAACCUUGUCAAUGAGUUUGAAGAACAGUCUAACAUAGCAACUUCAGCAGUGCAGUUGGAAGCUGAUCUUGUUGGGAAGGAUAUAGCAGAAGUGCUUAAUGUAGGUUUGGACACUCAAAUGGCUGCUGAAGCCAUGGAAGCCUUAUUCUAUGCGGAUGCAACUGCUAACUCCAAUGCUAAUGAUGUGCCAGGAAACUAUAAGGACUCUCAAAAAGGAUUUGUGGGAAGAAAAGGUAAGAAGAGUUCUUAUUCAAAGCAACAGUCUUCUGAAAAAGACUGUGGUAUUGGGGUUGCCACAAGACAAACAAAGAACACAAAGAGGAUUGAGACUAGAUCAAGCAAACGACUUUCAAUUUCAUCAAAGCAGCAUUCUGAGAAUAUCAGGAAUGAGUGUGACAUGGAUAUUGUAAUUACAAGAAGGAAGAGGGCUAGAUCAGAUGCUGAAGGCUUAUUGAACAAGGGGAUAAAAAGAGCGAAAAUAAUGCCAUCUAAAUUGGCAAAAAGACCUACUGAUGGACAUCAUGAAACUGCCUUAACUGGAAGUUGCACUGUUGAGAAACAGAAUUUACCAGAGGAACCUGCCAUGUGUACACCCAUUGCUCAUCGAACUAGGCAGUCCUUAAUUGCUUCUCAAAAUAGAAGAGAAAAUGUGUCCAGCAGUGGUUGUGGGGAAGAAACAACCUCUCAAAUGGAGAUUGGCGCCCAGGAACAAAAUAAAGAAGGUGCAAGCGUUGAGAAUGCUCAGGUGUUGGAUGCCAAAGGGAAAUCUUCAGAAUUGGUUUCAAGAAAAUCUGAAGAACUUGAAACUUUCCAAUCAACAUUCACAACUAUGAAUAAUGGCAUCAGUUGUCCAAGAAGGAGAAGAUCUUCUCGACGACCAUCAGGUCAGCUUAAGGAACUUGAUAAUGUAGAUGCUCAGUCCAAGCCAUCUAAUCAGCAAGGAAAGAUUGGAGAAUCUGGAAGUGCACACAAAAGGACAUGGGGCAAUGCUAAAAUUAGCAGCAUUGCUGAUUUAAACACAAAGAGGAAAAGACAAUCCUCCAUUGCUGUUUGUCAAGAAUCAUCACCACAAAGUGGAGAUAAAUUAGGUUCAGGUGAUGCUGCACUUGAACCUACUUCUGAUGAGAAUAGCAAGAAGAUUUCUAGAGGUAAAAUAGGAGCAAAGGAAGUAAAAUUACAUAACAGAAAGAAUAAUGCAUCGCCCUCUGCUAAACAUGAAGCAAAAGAAAAUUCAGAUAAUUUACCGAAGGAAGUAAUAGAAGUAUCUAAAUCGUCUUGUACUUCCCCAGCUAACUGUAUGACCCCUGUGAAUGCUGCAUCACCUGUCUGUAUUGGCAAUGAAUAUUUUAAGCAAUCAUGCAAGAAAAAUCUGUCUAGUUCACGCCUUACGAGAGAAAUUAGUAGCUUAUGUUCCACAGAGCGAGAGCCUAUUUCUCCAACAAUUUCCCCACCAAAAGAUUUGCGGAAGAGAAGAGAUUUGGCUGAUGUUAGAGUCUUGUUUAGUCACCACUUGGAUGAGGAUAAAAUUAAGCAGCUGAGAAAGAUUGUGGACCGGCUUAAAGUUUCUAUGGCAACCUCUAUUACAGAUGCAACACACUUUAUCACUGAUAAAUUUGUGCGUACAAGGAAUAUGUUAGAAGCCAUUGCUUCUGGCAAACCAGUGGUAACGCAUUUAUGGCUUGAGAAUGUUGGAAGGGCUAAAUAUUACAUCGAUGAGCAAAAAUACAUAUUGAGGGACACAAAAAAAGAAAAGGAGAUUGGAUUCAACAUGCCGGUUUCAUUGUCACAUGCACGCCAACAUCCACUUCUACAGGGUCGAAGGGUUUUUGUCACUCCUAACACAAAGCCGGGUAAAGAAAUAAUUUCGGGCUUGGUUAAAGCAGUUUGCGGUCAGGCAAUGGAGAGAGUUGGUAGAUCUGCUCUAAAGGAUGAUACUAUACCAGAGGAUCUGUUGGUUUUAUCUUGUGAAGAGGAUUAUGAAGUUUGUGUGCCUUUCCUUGAAAAAGGGGCAGCUGUUUAUAGUUCGGAGUUGCUGCUGAAUGGGAUUAUUACUCAGAAACUGGAAUAUGAAAGGCAUCAGCUCUUUGUCGAUCAUGUGAAAAGAACUCGUUCUACCAUAUGGCUUAAAAAAGGUGGGGAUAAUUUCAUUCCAGUGUCAAAACAGAAGUAACCGAGCCUUUUAUUUUUGUUCUUUUUCUUUUUUCCCCUUUUCCUCUCCACCUUCACCUUAUCAUGCAUUUGUGUAUGAUAGUAUGUGCAUAAAUUGUAUUAGGUUCGUUUUCUUUAGAAGUAUUUAAGCUGUAUAAUUUUACCUGUUUUCUCUCCCCUAUCUUUGUUUCUAUGUUAUUAGCAAAACAAGCUAGUUUAAUUAUUCAUUAUUACCAAACCGAACAAUCUCUCUCCAUCCAUGAUCAUGGAGGUAAAAUGAAAUUUUAGUUUAAGAUAA